GGACCGCUCCCCCGACUACUCGGACGACGACCGCGACCGACGAAGGCCCACCAGGGACGACCGAGACCGCCGCGACCGGGACCGCCGCGACCGGGACCGGCGAGACCAGGCCGACGCCGGCUCCGACCAGUUCGUGCCGCGGCUGGCCGCCCCGGGAUCGAAGGGGGGGCCGUCGUUCCUGCCGCCGCCGCCGGGCGGCGGCGGGGCGCCGGCGGCCUCGUCCUCGGCGGGCCCGGCUGGCGGAGGCGAUUUCGACUUGUUGGGCGUAGGCGACGUGAGCACAUCGCAGCCAGUGACAGGCGCGAGCCCGCAGCAGGCGGCGGCGCCGUUCGACCUGUUCUCGGCGGCGCCGGCUGCGCAG